AUGUACAGAAUAGAUGUUUCAGAUUUUUAUGACUUCCAAGCAUUCAGAAAUAUGUGUCCAUUUCGAGACUAUAACAAAGCAGUCGAGAAUUUGAAACGUUUAGUCAUUUAUGUCGACUCUGCCCCAGAAUGUUAUGUUAUGAAAGAAUGGGAUGUAGUCUUUAACAAACCAAGAGCAACAAUAGUUUCAGAACAAGAAUGUAAACAGAAACUUAAGAAAAUAAAAGUUGUACAAGUUGGCAUGAAGAUGUUAGAUGCUUGGGAUAUCUUAUUGUCAAAGUUAGAAGAUUUUUCAGUUCGAGGUAUAAAGUUCUAUACACCUUCUCCAAACUUCUAUUCUAUCUUCACUGGAUAUAAAUACGAACAAGUAGAAUGGAAAGAAAAUAUUAUAGAAGCUUGGUUAGACCAUGUCAAAGAAAUUAUAUGCAAUGGAAACGAAAGAGUCUAUGAGUAUAUCUUAUGUUGGUUUGCAAACAUCUUACAACAUCCAAGUGCUAAAAAUGAAACUGCUCUCAUUAUAAUUGGAAAACAAGGAACAGGUAAGAACACAUUCUUUACAGAUAUUUUGUGCAAACUGUUAGAAG